AUGGCGUUGAUCCAUCUCCUGCCCGUCGCCACCUUGACCAAUCUCUUCCUAUUCUUCGCCGUCUAUUGGGCCAUUUGGAUCAUUUACUCUCGUACCCUCCACCCCCUUGCACGUGUGCCUGGCCCGCUAUGGCCUGCAGCCGUACUCCACAAAAAAUACGGUCCACUUGUACGCAUUUCCCCAACCGAAGUCGUGUCCUGUGACCCAGCCGCCAUUCCCCUCGUCUAUCCCACCCAAAACGCUCUGCCAAAAAGCGAAUGGUAUAUUCCGUUUCGUCCCCUCGGUCUCAGCGAGCAUGCAGACCUCUUUACCGAAACAGAUGAGCAGAAACACAACAAGCACCGCAGAAUCGUCCAGCCAGCCUAUCAAAUGGGCAAUGUCUUGAAGAACGAAGCUGCAAUUGACCAGGCCACAACGCUCUUGGUCGAAAGACUAAGAGAGCUUAUUGCAAAGAAGGAAGAUGUCAAUUUAGGGCACUGGAUCGAACUCUACGCCUAUGAUGUAAUCGGCUCCGUUCUCUUUGGCCGUGCCUAUGGCUUUCUGGAGAGCGGCACCAAUGUGGGCUCAUUUAUUGGGUCUGUUGACAGUGCCGUCCCGGUUCUCCAACUCAUCGCUGUCACGCCGAGCUACAUGCGCGGUAUCAUUAUGCUCAUAGCCAUGUGCAUCCCAGGAAUGCUGAAACGACUACAAGCUAUUCAAGCCACGACUGAAGAAGCCAAGCGACAAACAGAACUUCGAAUGCAACGCUCGGCUGAGGAAAACGGCAACCACCACGACAUCAUGUCCCAGCUCUUACGUAUCGUUCAGGACAAGGGCUUCAAAGAAAACUUCACACACCGGGAGGUCACGCUCGACGCCUGGGUCGGGAUAAUGGCCGGUUCAGACUCCACAGCCGCCAACAUGCGCGCAGUCCUCUAUUAUCUCAUGAAGAACCCCCGCUGCAUGUCGGCUGCCGUUCAAGAAAUCACACAACAAGAACAUCUCCUGAGCAAGCCAAUCACAUAUACAGAAUCGACAAAUCACUUGCCGUACAUGAGUGCCUGUAUUAAGGAAGCACAGCGCCUCUACUCAAGUAUCGGCAUCAGCAUGCCUCGCGUUGCGCCUGCUCCAGGCAUCGUGCUCUCCAACCACUACAUCCCCCAAGGCUACGUUGUCGGCGUCAACCCGCACAACGCACACGUCGAUACAAAGCUCUUUGGAGACGAUGCAAAGGAAUUCCGGCCCGAGCGUUGGCUCGAGAGUCAAGCAAGAAGCUUUGAGAUGGAAAAGGGCAUGGCGUUUUGGGGUGCGGGCACCAGGACUUGUAUUGGGAAGAAUGUUGCACUAGCAGAAAUUCACAAGCUUCUCCCAGAGCUCCUUCGCCAAUUCGACAUGCGUAUGGCCCAUGAUGAACCAUGGAAGACGCGGAAUGCUGGCUUCAUAAAGCAGAGUAAUGUUAUAGUGAAGCUAAAGGAGCGGAUUUGA